CCUUCCUCGCCCGGCUGCGUGAGGGUGGUUUGUCCCUUUGGCCUCUCCUUCCUCCUCCUCCGCGUCCUCCUUCCUCUCCUUUUAGAGAGUCCUAUUCCCAGACCUUCUCCAAAGGGCCAAAAGACCUGGAAGGAGGGACGAAGUUGGCCCAGGCCUGCACUCACCUGGGAUUGGGGGGCAUCACAACAGACUGUGAGGCUGCCACUCCUCCAUCAGCAGAUAUCUGGAAGAAGAACAAUGUAUGCACUGAACACAGGAAGCAUUUUGGACACAGUGGGUGCUUUCCUAGAAACCAACAAACCCAUAGAGAAGAUGGAGGUUCUAUCAGAGAAAGGCCCUACAAAUGCAAUGGAUGUGGGCAGUGUUUUACUCAAAAUAUGGCACUUGUACUUCAUAAGACACUCCAUGCUGGGAAAGACCAACUUAAAUGGAAAGUAUCAGCAAAAUGUGUUGUUGAUUCCAAAUUGCCACAUCUGAGCCAAGAAGAAAUUUUUGAAGGAAGUGAGGAUUUCACAAGCCAGGAGUGUGGGAAAUCUUUUAUCCAGAGUUCACACUUGGUGAAACAUGAGAGAUUUCACACAGAACAGGAACCACACAGAUGCCAGGAGUGUGGGAAAUGUUUUACUCGCAGUUCAAACCUAGUGAGGCACAAAACAAUCCACACAGGAGAGAAGCCAUACCAAUGCCAAGAUUGUGGAAAAUGUUUUGCUCGCACUUCACACUUGGUGGCGCACAAAAGACUCCACACAGGAGAGAAGUCAUUCCAAUGCCAGGAGUGUGGAAAAUGUUUUGCUCGCAGUUCAAACUUGGUGAACCACAAAAGACUCCACACAGGAGAGAAGCCAUACCAAUGCCAGGAGUGUGGGAAAUGUUUUCCCUAUAGUUCAAACUUGAUGAGCCACAAAAGACACCACACAGGAGAGAAGCCAUACCAAUGCCAGGAGUGUGGGAAAUGUUUUGCUCACAGUUCAACCUUGGUGAAGCACAAAAGACACCACACAGGAGAGAAGCCUUACCAAUGCCAGGAGUGUGGGAAAAAUUUUGCUGACAGUUCAACUUUGGUGAGCCACAAAAGACUUCACACAGGAGAGAAGCUUUGCCACUGCCAGGAAUGUGGGAAAUAUUUUGCUCGCAGUUCAUCUUUGGUGAAGCACAAAAGGCUCCACACAGGAGAGAAGCCUUACCAAUGCCAGGAGUGUGGGAAAUGUUUUGCUGACAGUUCACACUUGGUGAAGCACAAAAGACUCCACACAGGAGAGAAGCCUUACCAAUGCCAGGAGUGUGGGAAGUGUUUUGCUGACAAUUCAAACUUGGUGAAGCACAAAAGUCUUCACAAAGGACACAAGCCAUAGAAAUGCCAGGGGUUUGGAAAAUGUUUUGCUUUUUCCACACGCUUGGAGUACCACAAAAAACUACACACAGGAACAAAAGCGUAAAAGUGCCAGAAGUAUAGGAAAUGUUUUACUCCCUUAACAAGUACUAGAGAAUUUACACAAACUGAAAACAUACAAGUGCCAGGCAUGUGGGAUAUUUUUUGUUUGGGGUUCAUAUCUUUUGAACUAUCACAAACUUCAUACAGAAGAGACAUUAUCUGGAGAGCUCGGACAAAAUUAAUAAAAUGUGUUGCAACAGGGAAAUGGCAGAUGAACACGUGUUAUUCCCUUGGUUUCCAGUAACACUUGGCUUGACUUUGGACUCAUUUCUUAGAUAAUUCUCUUAUUCGUUUCAAACUCAGGUUUUUAGCUGUUUGUUUUUACUUGGAACUGUUUUGGAGAAGUCUUUUGCAUCUCUGGAAACGCAUAUCAUCUGAUCUCAAACAGGACCGUUUGAGAAGUUCUGCCUAAGAUUUGGUAGAUUACCAUUUCUUGUUAUUUGAAUGCCUAAGUUGAGGUCCUGUUUUCUGGAGCAGCAGAAAACAAACUCCUUAUGACACUUGUUCAGAGGGUUACAUACGAUGGUCAUGCUGGCCAUUGAGCCAUUAGCAAAUGUCAUUAGUGAGGAGAUAACCAUCAAAGGAUAUAAGGCGGGUAAAGAGGAAAUCAAAAUCAAUCUUUAUGUGGAUGAUGCCAUGUUAAUUUUAAGCGAGGUGAAGGACUCCCUAAGGUCAGUUGUCAAAACAAUUAAGGAUUUUGGGGAAAUUUUGGGGCUCACACUUAACUUUGGGAAAUCAGAAAUUCUCCAUGAGAAUCUAACAUGGAAACAACUAAUAACCACCCAAAACCGUAUAGGUGUGAAAUUGGAGAAAAAGAAGCUAAUAUAUCUAAGAGUAAAAUUUUCAAAAAAUUUAAACAACAUUAUUCAAAUGAACUUCAAUCACUUAUGGAAAAACACAAGCAAAUAACUUAACACCUGGGAGAAGAAAUUUCAGGAUAUCACUACAAGACAAAUAUUUAUAAGAUGAAGUUCCUACCCAAAUUUCUCUACUUAUUUCAAACUCUGCCGAUAAAUAUCCCCACCCAAUUAUUCAGGAAGUGGGACAGCUCCAUCAAAAAAUGGGUAAUGGGAGGAAAUAAAAAUAGAAUCUCUAACUUUAUAUUUUAUGGCACCCAAGAAAUGGGUGGGUGGGGAGCCCCCUUGCUGGAGUUGUACUUUGAGGCAAUUUCAAUUUGCUAGAUUAAUAGAUAGGGAAUUGGAAGGGACCAAAAAAUUGGUGAAAUUAGAGAAAGAACUAAAUGACUGGAAGAAGGGGUCAACUAAUUGAUGUAUAUUGAAGUACAAACUGAACCUGUAACUUAAUGACAAAUCUACACUGGCAUAGGGAAGCAUCUACACUGAUUCAUAGAGUGCCAAGGUUUGUACUGUAAUGUAUUGUUAUCUGUAUGAUUUUCAGAAAUAAAACAAUUAAAAAUA